ACACUGAAGUCUAGCCAUUGCAUCAAUCCAGCAUUGAUUGCACGAGACGGUUGCAUAUAAAGGUUGCAGCAGUAAAGCAAAUAUCCCAUUCCAUAUUCAGUUCCAAGUUUCAGUCUUCAAAAUUUAGCAUUUUCCUUUUUCGAAAAUGUCCAACUCAUCUGAAAAAGUAAAAAGUGAAAGCAACACCACCACCUGUAAUGAAAUCAUUACGAAGGAAUUUUUGCAAAAUGUGUUAAAAAUAGAGGCGAAGAAGAAGGGUGAUCCAGUCUCCGAAAUUAUUUCUCACUCCGUCACCCUGGGGACGAAACCAGGCGAGAACUAUGCAAGCAUAAUUUACGCGGUCGAUAUCCACUUAUCGGGCGGAACAAGGCGUCACCUCUUGAUAAAAUGCUAUCCAAAUAACCCUUCCAGACAGCAAUUCACAAACAAUUUCAACUUCUUUUUCAAAGAGUGUGACGUUUAUUCCAAGUGGAUCCCGGAAUUGAGACGGAUACAAACGGAAGUGCUUGGUCUUGGUAACGAUGAGCUUGUAAACCUGCCAUAUGCUAAAUUUUUGCAUGGCGAGUGCAUCGAUUUCCAGUCGGACGAAGGUAAAAUCCGACUAACCGGAAAAAUAAAUUCCAUCGACAACUACAUCGUGAUGGAGGAUCUUCGAAAAACUCACGGAUUUAGGAUGAACUACCGUCGCGAACCAUUUGACCUAGACCACAUGAAAUUAGCCGUUACUGCUUUUGCCAGGGUUCAUGCCCUCAGCUGGGCGUAUCGUCACCACGUGGAGAGAAACAUUACAGAUAAAUUUCCUUGCUUAGUCACCCACGUGUCAGAUGAAGGUGUUGCAAUUUGGAACGAUGUGACACUGACCAGUUUAGAGCAGGCGAAGGGAGUCUAUAAUAGGGCAUUUGGCCCAGGAAAUGAUUAUUCCGCAGCAGUGGAUAAAUUUUGUCCACUGGUUGGCAAAAUGACGAAUUUUUUUACGGGACAUGAAACCGCAGAAGGGUUUGACAAAUUAAUGCGAAUUACGAAACCGGAUCCUGCCAAGUUUGGCAAAGAUGCUGAAAAUCCAGAACCAUGGCGCAUCAUAUGCCACGGCGACUGUAACAACAACAACAUGCUCUUCCGGUACGAUGCCACGACUGGAAAACCGCUCGAAAUUGCCCUUGUCGACCUCCAACUCUCUCAUGAAACCUGUGUAAUUCAUGACCUGCAGUAUCUCUUCUUUGUCUCCACCACGUCAGAAUUCAGACGAAACCAUAUCGAUGACCUCCUCCUCUUAUAUCAUGACACGUUCAACAACGUCUGUGCAAAAUUGAGGACGCCCACGUUACCCGGAUUUUGCAUGGAUUCACUCCAAUUUCGGUUUCACCGGGCAAAAUUUUUCGGCUAUUACAUCGCCAUGAUGGUCCUUCCAGUUUCUUUAAGUGUGGGAGAAAUUGCUGACAUGGAGAACAUGGAGGAAGGAAAGGAUAUCACGGAAGCGUUUGUAGAACAAUUUUGUGAUUUUACAAGACCAAAUGAGCUCCUAAAAGGGAGACUUUGCGAAAUCACGAGGGAAAUGAUUGCGGAUGGCGUGUUUUAAUGCAAUUUCAAUUUUAAUGAAGUUGGUUUUGUGAAUAAAUUUGGAUUUAUAUACAUAUA